GUUACUGUUUGGAUCCCUGGAAUCAUGGAAAAUUUUGGUCUUGAGCCAUAAAUUCCAUCUGUUCAGUUGGGAUGUAACAUUGUCUGCAUGUGGCUGCUAAUUUAUUCAUUCUUUUUUCAGAUUUCUAGUUUUUCCUUUGCCGCGUUAACUGUAACAGCACAACUGGGCAUCCAGAUACCAAAAGGGGCAAAUAAUGCACGGACAUCAUUGUUCAAAAUAGCACCACUAAUGUCUUCUAUUUUUAGUCGCCCUCAGACAGUAGCCCUGGUGUCAUGCCCCUUCUUAAGCAAGAGGGCUUAAAGCAUCUCUGCCAGUUUUUCUGCAACUUAAAUUGCUUAAUACUGAGUACUGUUUUCAAGUGACUGCCAGUAUUCAGCUGACAAAAAGGUCCUGGUCCAUCACAGUGAGAGCUGGAAGGUCUUCUGGAAGGUCAUUCCACGGUCUGGAAGCUGCUGACGGACAAAACCACUUCUGAGUAUUCCUUGCCUAAGAAUUCUCAAUCCAUGAAAUUCAUGGGGUUGCUGUAAGUUGACAGAUGACUUGAAGGAACAGGAGAAAUGGAUUCAACAGAGAGAACAACAAAUAAAUGUGAACAAAAAUCAAGGAAAAUUUUAAAAAGUCUCAUACGGAGGCAGCCCCGGGAGCUUCUGCUAGUAAUAGGAACAGGAGUAAGUGCUGCUGUGGCGCCAGGAAUUCCAGCUCUUUGCUCCUGGCGCAGCUGCAUCGAAGCUGUCAUUGAAGCAGCUGACCAGCUGGAGGUGUUGCAUCCAGGGGAUGUGGCUGAAUUCCGAAAAAAGGUGGUCAAAGACCGAGAUUUGCUUGUGGUUGCUCAUGACCUCAUCCGAAAGAUGUCACCGCGCACCGGAGAUGUCAAGCCUAACUUUUUCCAGGAUUGUCUAAUGGAAGUCUUUGAUAACUUGGAGCAACACAUUCAGAAUCCAGUUGUUCUGCAAUCAAUCCUCCGUCUCAUGGAGAGAGGCACUAUGGUGCUUACCACCAACUAUGAUAACUUACUUGAAAUUUUUGGUCAGCAACAGAAUAAGCCCAUGGUAUCUCUUGACUUGAAAGAUAAGGACCAGGUUCUCCAGUGGGCAAAGGGACAUGUCCAGUAUGGAGUUCUUCACAUUCAUGGUUUAUAUACUGACCCCUGUGGAAUGGUGUUGGAUCCCUCAGGAUAUAAAGAUGUUACUCAAGACCCCGAGGUGAUGGAAGCUCUGCAAAACUUGUACCGGACAAAAUCAUUUCUGUUUUUGGGCUGUGGAGAAACCUUGCGUGAUCAGAUAUUUCAAGCCCUCUUUCUAUAUACUGUCAAAAACAAAGUGGAUCUUGAACAUUACAUGUUGGUGCUUAAAGAAAAUGAGGACCAGUUUUUUAAACUUCAGGCAGAAAUGCUUUUGCAUGGCAUAAAAGUAGUCUCCUAUGGGGAUGGCUUUGAAAGUUUCCCGGAGUACGUUCAGGAUCUCACCAAUCAGAUCUGCAAGCAGAAAAGUCCAGAUACACAUCAAGUGGAUAGCACAACACUUUUAGGGGCAUCUUGUUUGGACUGUGCAAAGCGAAAGCUAGGGGAAAGUGGCAGUGACCAAACUAAGAGACUAAGGCAACAUAAUAAUGAUAAUGCUGAAGAAUCUGCUCCCUGUGAAGCUGAGAGAACGUAACCUCAAAAACAUCUGCCUGCUGCGAUUGUGCCAUCUGCUUAAAUCAUGAGGAAAAGUCAUUUAGAGGAGGGAAGAAACCUUUUAAGGUUUAAUUAUGUACUGAAGUUAUGUCCCUUAUGAAAAAUGGGUGGGUAGGUUGAGAAUAAGCUAAUCACAUCUAACACGCCUAUGUAUUCAGAAUAUGUUACCAGCAGAGGUGUCUUUUAACCAAGACUGACGUGCAAUUAUCUCAGGGAUAAAACACUGCAGAAAAGAGUUUGAAAACAGCAUUUUGCUUUUAAAUUCCUUGACUCAUUUUCACUUGGCAUAAGUUAAAUAGAGGAAGGCAUAUUUCUUCAAACAGAAUGGUUGUUUAACACCUUCCAUUACCGUACUGCAUGACAAGAGUAGAAUUAAAUCCAAAGAUUUUCUUCCAUGGCAUGAGAAAAUUUACUUAGCAUACCACUUCCAAUCCUUAAGUGAACUUGUGGAAUAACAGGAAUGCUUAUUUUCCUUCUUAUACUAAUGCAGUAUGGUUUUGUAUUUUUGUAUGAUUUUUAAAAAGAACAAAUAAAACCCUGAAUGCAAUUCAUGCAUAUUGUAAUAAAGGUAUUUCAAAUUAA